AUGUCUAUGUUCCUUUUAAUAGAUUCCUUAUGGGAGAAAGUGCUGUGCCAUUUUGGUUUCCCAAGAUUUAGUCGUAUCGAUGCUGGGAACAUCAUACGCCUUUUGGCUCCUGACAUUGGAAUGUUCUUUACCGGCCUCGUAGUCACAAGGAUUUGCAAAAGGAUGGUGAGACUCUCCAACCGGAAAACCCAGCUGCCUUCUGGAAUCCAGAACCUGUCUGUCUGUGAUGACAAAAAGAAGGAGGACGAGGAGGAAGAGGAAACGGAUUCUGAAGCAGAUAGUCAAGAUACUGAUGAAGGGACAGGCAGCUUACUGGAGAAGGAGCACCGGGGAAGAGAUCCUAAUGCCAGCCAAUCGGGUUUAUUCCAGAAACUCACACUUUUCCUAGUAGGCUUGAAGAUCCUCUUUGGAGGGGUGGCAGAUGCUGCUAGCAAAGUGGUGGCGACACUGCUGUUAGGCUUAGCAGGCAUAAUCCUACCAUCGGUGACGUCUGCAGUGUAUUUCUUCCUCUUCAUGGGCUUGUGCUCGUGGUGGUCUUGCCAUCGGCCUAUCAGCCCAGUUGUCUUCAACAGCUUGUGUGUGAUGAUCGCAAUAUUCAACGUGGGCCAUUUAACUGUCCUGUAUCUGUACCAGCUGCCCUAUCUUCAGGCCCUCGUUCCUGCUGAAGACCUUUAUGCCAGGCUCUUGGGCAUUGUUCCGCUUAUUAAGGCCAACAUCACUGUACCCUGGAAGCUUGAAGUUCACCCUCAACUAAGCUGGCCGGUGGCUUUGAAUCCUCUAGUGCUGCUUACACUCUACUAUACACUGGUCAUGAUGCUCCAGCAGUGGGCGCUGCCUACAAAGGCACCUUACGUUCCAAGUGGAAGUUCUCAAGACAUCCCCCUCUUACAGUGUCGAAGUAGGGGUAGCAGCUGUAACCUGUACGUCUACACCAACACUGGACGCUGCAGUUCCUUGUCAGAGGUUUCUGGAGGCCCUGAAAAUAUGACAGAAAUUGAUGAUGAACUUUGCAUGGAAGACAACCAGCCUAGCACUUGGUCGGCCUUGGCACAUUUCCUUAUGAGUCAGAGCUACGUUACUGCUUUGAUUGCCAUGAUGGUUUGGAGUAUCACUCACACCAGCUGGCUGGCUUUUGUCCUGCUGAUCUGGUCCUGUAUCAUCUGGAUGGUGCGCGACCGUCGCCUGUGUGCCCUGCAGAGCUCCCCCUUCCUGGUGGCCUAUGGAAAUGUCCUGGUGGCCCUCAAUUUCUUUGUAGGAUUGAAUGUUUCUCAGAAGGAACUCUUUCCUGGAGUUCCAACCUCAUUGCUUAUUGAUUUGGAUUUAAAGCCUUAUUCGUUACCCUGUGUCCACCUGGCAGCUAAGAUUUCAUACCUGUUUACCUUUUGGCUGUUGCUGAAGCAGCAUAUGGUGCAAAGGCGAAAGCAGAAGAAAGAGGAAGAAGAUACACUUCAGGCCGUGACAGUAGACGAACCUGAAAUGGACAAACGGCGCAACCACCUUUUGGAUUUCCUCGGUUCCGUGGUAAUGGAGAUGCUUGUAAAAUACUGGAUUUACUUCUGCUCAGUCAUGUUUUUCAUCGUCAGCUUCAAUGGCAAAGUAGCUCUGUACAAAAUUCUCUACAUUGUGCUUUUCCUGCUUUGGGUGGCUUUGUAUCAGGUUCAUUAUGAGAGUUGGCGGCUAAUCCUGAAGGGUUUUUGGCUCACCGUCGUCUCGUACUCAAUGAUGGUCCUCAUUGCUAUUUACGCCUACCAGUUUGAAAUGAUUUCUGAGUUUUUCUUAAAGACCUUGGAAAUACCAGAGGAGAGGUUAAAAGAUCUGGGUCUUGAACAAUUCAGCACCAUAGAGCUGUUUGCAAGGAUUCUACUUCCUGCUGCAUUUCUCCUGGCUUGCAUCCUUCAGCUGCAUUACUUCCAUAAAGAUUUUCUGAAGAUCACAGAUCUGACUAAUAUUGUCGUCAACCCUGCUUCUUCACCUGGCAGGCUUGCUGCUGAAAAGCUACAGGAUGAUAUUAAAAAUGGAUCAGACUGCUCUGAGUAUAUAGCUCUGGAUGAAACCAUACGAAAGAGUCAGAGUGAGAAAUUAGAAAUUGCCAUGAUCCCUAAAUCUCAGUACUUUGCACAUAAAAACCAUUGCAUCGUAACUCCCCAACAAAUCCCUGUCAAGGGUGUUUUCCAGAUGGGGACAAGUUUGUGCAGUUACUCCGUUGUUGCUGCAGAUGUUGAUACAGUGCAGCAGCUGCAGGGCUUCCACACGGUGUCCUUGAUGAACUACCCUUUCUUUGUCCUCUGGGUGUUCGCACUCCCGUAUACCAAGCUCCGCCCACACGCCUCCAGGAUGUGCACAUUUUGGUCUUGUGUGAUGGUCGUCUGUAAAAUGCUGUACCAGCUGAAGUAUGUCAAGCCCUUCAAAUAUUCUUCAAACUGCACCCAGGGAUUGGAUCCAAAUAUCACUUAUCAGUAUGGCAACAUGGAUGAAUUGUUAAAUAAAUCCUUGCUGUACAUUGCACCCGUGGACCCAGCAUACUGGUUUGGAGGGUUAAUGAAGUGCCAUGACAAUGUUCUUCCUUGCCUAAAGGCUCACCUCACCAUCCUGUUCCUCUUGGCGCUUGAAGCAACGGUAUACCGCCACCAGCUUUUCUACCGCACCGAGAAGCAGCUGAUCCAACCUGCCACUGGGAGCAUGUUUGAUAGCAUCACCCGGCAGAACCUGGAUGACGGGCUGCUCAGCUGUAUCAAAUACUUCAUCAAUUACAGUUUUUACAAAUUUGGGCUAGAGACCUGCUUUGUGGCUGCCAUUAAUGUUAUUGGGCAGCGCAUGGACCUCUAUGCCCUGAUCCAUGCCGGUUGGAUUAUUUACCUGUUGAACCGCCUUCGGAGGAAAGCAAUGGCCGAAGUCUGGUCCAAAUAUUGCUGCUUCCUUGCCAGCGUCUUGGCCUUUCAGUAUUUGCUUUGCAUUGGUCUCCCGCCUGCUUUAUGCCAAGAUUAUCCAUGGAGAACUUCUCGUUGGCCUCUGCAUUCAAAUCUGAUUAAAUGGCUGUACCUGCCUGAUUUUACCAAGAGACCUGAUGCUACUUUUCUUCUGAACGACUUCCUGCUUCUUCUCUUUGCCUCAUUCCAAUGGCGGGUGUUUGAAGACGAGAACAAGCUCGUUGUGAGGAUGCUCGCUGGGGAUAAUUUAGAGAUCAGCCGAGUCCUAGACCCGGCUGGGCUCAGUGAGUACAGUCCGGUACCAAACUUUAUGUGCUGCAGGUCCUACUUGGAUUUAUUGAAAGUGCUUGUGUUCAAAUACCUCUUCUGGUUUAUCCUGUGCCUGAUUUUUUUGACGGGGACUGCACGGGUCAACAUCUUCUGUGUGGGCUACCUUGCGUCGUGUUUCUACUUCAUGUUCUUUGGAAGAAACCUUCUGCUGAAGCCAGUCAAACAUAUACUCCGGCUGUGGGAUUAUCUGAUCGCCUACACGGCUUUGGUUAUCGCGACAAAGAACCUCUUUGCUAUUGGAUCCUGCACUUAUCUUAGCAAUUUACAAAGAAACCAUUGUUGGUUAAUCCAUACCUUUGGCAUGUUCUGCACCAUACCAGGCUAUGAUAUAGGUAAGUCAGAAGAUAACACCUGCGACCUUCCCGAGAAAGAAGCAGGCAUCACCUGGGAUGCAAUAUGCUUUACUUUCCUGCUGAUCCAGCGUAGAGUUUUUACAAGCUACUACUACCUCUAUGUUGUCGUUGAUCUCAAAGCUGCCAAGACCUUGGCCUCCAGAGGAGCUGAGCUGAUGGAAACAAAGCGGAAGAAGAUGGUGGCGCGCAAGAUGGAGGAUGAUGAGAAAUCGUUGCAAGUCAUGAAGAGACAGCUGGAACUGAUCAAAGUGACUCAGAAAAAGCACAACAGCUUGAAGAAAUCAGUGCCCAGCUCAGAAGUGGAAGCUGUACAGAAGUCUGAAAAAGAGCAGGCUCCAGAGGAUGCUAGCAAGAAAGAGAAUGAUGAGAAAAAGACCUGGUGGCAGCCAUGGAUGACUCAUACCUCAAUGAUUCGGGGCGGGAGCUACUACCUCUUUGAGUCAGAUAGCGAGGAAGAAGAAGAACAAGGAAGUGCCGAACAGCAAAAUAUCAUGCAAAGAGGAAUCAACAUUAUUAAGUUUAUAUGGAUCUUCAGCCAAGCGUUGCUGGAUGACAUCACAGAAGCACUAAAUACCUUGUGUAAAGAAACCCUGGACAUAGCGAAUGUGAUGAGAAUUGAAAAGUGCAUAUUGUGGCGACAGAUGAGCAUGGAGGGUAACCAUGGAACAAGAGUGGAAUGCAACUCCUUUAUGCUUUCAAAGCCCUGCCAGCAUCAACGGGACCUCUGCCGGAGACUCAACGCAGCUGAUGAAGAUGCUGAGGGAAAUGAAAACACAGAAGAAGGGAGCCCUGGCGGGACACGUCCCAGAGGGUUCACUCCAGGUUCUUCCGGUGCAGAAUUUCCUGGUCCUUCUGUGCAGAAUUUUCCUUUAGGAACAGAAGAACCUCCAAUUUCCCUCCAUGUCAGAAUCACAGAAGCAGGCCAGCCACUGAGCAGAGUUCCUGCUGCGAUGACUGCCAGUGGCCUGCUUCUGAACAGGACUUUUUAUGACAACGAACUGGAAAAAUCGGACAAAUUCUACCGGGGCCUCCCUCGCCCCCUGAAGCUGGGAGUUGCCUUCUAUAACACCAUGGUGUCCAAAUCAGAAAUGUUGUGCUACGCUGUGAUCAUCUUGAACCAUAUGGUCUCUGCCUCUGUCCUCACUUUGAUCCUGCCUGUCCUGAUAUUCCUAUGGGCCAUGGUGUCCAUUCCAAGGCCUACAAAAUUCUUCUGGAUGACAGCUAUCAUUUACACUGAGGUGAAUAUUGUGAUCAAAUAUUUCUUCCAGUUUGGCUUCUUCCCUUGGGCCACUAAAGUGUAUCGUGCUAUCAAUGCAGAAGUGCCAUUUGUUUUGCCAAAUAUUGCUGGAAUUGAGAAGAAGGAUGGCUACGUACACUUUGAUCUGGUGCAGCUGCUGGCUUUGUUCUUCCACAGGUAUAACUUGAAGCGGUUUUCCAGUGGUCACACGCACGCUGUCCCCGCUCUGCGGAUCAAAUCUACCACAAGCGCGAUUUACUUACGUGUUUUCCAAGACCCGUCUAAUCGUGAAAUUCAGAUCACAAUCGAGAUAAAUCCGGUUGUUUCGUCAUGCGUGCGCUUCCGGGUUGAUAUUCCAUUAGUCCUUGCCGCCCAAGACUGCGAAAGCGAGCGGGUGACGCCGCUAAGCCUGACGAGACGGCCCAAACAUCCGCUCGUCUCUCGCGGCUCCCGCCAAGCCACCGCUCAGCUGGCCGACGGACUCAGUGUUCCCUGCUCUAGCAGCGCCUGCCCCGAGCUUCUGAGCCUCCUGCCGCCUCAAAAACGGAGACGGCGGAGCUGCGGCGUUCUCAAGGUUUACCGGCCCAUCAGACAAUUCUUCCACGGUAUAAUCUAUCCAGAGUACAGCGCAGUCUGUGACGUUUAUGCUCUCAUGUUCCUAGCUGAUGUGAUCAAUUUUAUUAUCGUCAUCUUUGGCUACUGGGCUUUUGGUAGGCAUUCAGCUGCUGCUGACAUCACAGAAUCCCUCUCCGAAGACAACGUCCCCGAAGCUUUCCUUGUGAUGCUUCUGAUGCAGUUUGCUGCCAUGAUUGUUGAUCGGGCAAUCUACCUGAGGAAGAACAUGUUCGGGAAGUGCGUUUUCCAGGUGGUCCUUGUCUUUGCCAUCCACUUCUGGAUGUUCUUCAUCUUGCCUGGAGUAACAGGAAGGAGGUUUAACUGGAACCCAGUGGCCCAGCUGUGGUACUUGGUUAAGUGUGUCUAUUUUGGCCUGUCAGCGUUUCAGAUCAAAUGUGGUUACCCUAAACGGGUUUUGGGCAACUUUCUGACCAAGAGGUACAACUGCAUAAACCUCAUUUUAUUCCAAGGAUUUCGCCUGAUACCUUUCUUGACAGAGCUGAGGGCUGCCAUGGAUUGGGUGUGGACAGACACAACUCUCAGCCUGUCCAGCUGGAUCUGUGUGGAGGAUAUCUAUGCUAAUAUUUUCAUCAUGAAAUGCUGGAGAGAAUCUGAGAAAAAGUACCCACAACCUCCUGGCCAGAAGAAGAAACUGAUUGUGAAGUAUGGGAUGGGGGGUGUCAUUAUCUUUGUGCUGAUCUGCAUUAUAUGGUUCCCGCUGCUUCUUAUGUCACUGUUGAAAUCGGUGGCCGGAGUGACCAACCAGCCUCUGGAUGUGUCCAUUCAAAUCACCAUUAGUGGCUACGAGUCCUUAUUUACCAUGAGUGCCCAGCAGCAAAAUCUGGUCCCUUUGACUCCUGCAGCAUACGAUGACCUCACCACUCAAUACACCCUCCACCCUUCUGCCAUGCAAUUUAUAAUAAACUACAACCCAGAGGAUAUUGUGGUUGCUAAAAUCAAAGGCAAUGCCAGUCUGCUGUGGAGCAUCAGUCCGGCAAGUCGGAAAGCCAUGAUGGCUGAGCUCUCCAGUUCCCCCGCUAUCUACGUCAACUUUCACUGGACGCUUCUCAGGUUAAAGAAACAGCUUCCCGCCUACCAACUGAGGGCCAGCGGGCACUGCGAGCACACGCACAUGCACAACGAGCCUACGUCGCUUCUGGGUUUACCCUGGCACGAUGUGCCCAUGUGCCUGGCACAAUGUGCCCCCCAUUCCAGCAAGGACAGAGACAAGAUGGCCUUCUACAGAAACAUCCGCAUAAAACUUCAACGGCUGCCUGCCAACGGCUCUUCGAGCCACGUCGCCGAGUGGUGGAUCGUUCAGGAGGAGAGGCCCAGCUGUCCGGGUAACGAGUGCAGCAAAAAUAUGGAGCUCUACAUCUUCAGUGAUAAGGUCAGCCCUUCCAGCCUGGGAUUCCUGGCAGCGCACGGCAUCGUGGGUCUCUACAUGUCCGUCGUUCUAGUCAUUGGGAAGUUCAUCCGGGAGUUUUUCAAUGGGAUCUCGCGCUCCAUAAUGUUCGAAGAGCUGCCCUGCGUGGAUCGUAUUCUGAAACUCUGCACUGAUAUCUUCCUGGUGCGGGAGGCGGGGGAGCUGGAGCUGGAAGAACAGCUGUUUGCUAAGCUGAUUUUCCUGUAUCGGUCUCCUGAAACCAUGAUUAAGUGGACCAGAGAACGCAAGCAACAGUAA